UUUUUGAGCAGUCCAAACUCCAGAGUCCAGAGCCUAAACGGGCCAAGAGCUCCCACCCUAAUAAGCAGUAGCUUCGACCCGGAACACACCUUGGAUAAGCUAGCCGGCUGAGGUGGUUGGCCCCAACCUUAGCUUAUUCAACCUUCAUCCUCUACUGCAACUCCUCCCCCAUGGCGAUGGCCGCAUUCCCCUUUGUUCUGUCCGUUCUAAAACCACACGGAGCUCAUUUCUCGCUCUUCUAUGCCGGCAAAAGAAACCCUUGCCAUUUCUGCAAACCUCUCCGUCGUCGUUCCUUGCAUCGAUUCUGCAAAACCAGUAUAUCUGCUAUUAGCACUUCCGCUAUAUCUCAAACAAAAUCUAAGGAUUCAGAAUCUAAAACCAAAGCUUCUACUCCUUCAUUUCAACAGGCAAUUCAGCGUCUCCAGGAGUAUUGGGCUUCCGUAGGAUGUGCUGUCAUGCAAUGUAGCAACACGGAGGUUGGAGCUGGAACUAUGAAUCCUCUGACAUUUUUGAGGGUUCUUGGCCCAGAACCAUGGAAUGUUGCGUACAUAGAGCCUAGUAUACGGCCAGAUGAUAGUCGUUAUGGGGAGAACCCUAAUAGGCUUCAACGCCAUACACAAUUUCAGGUUAUACUGAAGCCAGAUCCAGGAAACUCCCAAGAUCUUUUCAUCCGUAGCCUUUCAGCUUUAGGUAGUGACUCAGACUCCAGUAUUUCAUUCCUGCAGUUGCAGGCUGGGAGUCUUCAAUUGCUGCCAAUAUCCGUGGAGAUAACUUAUGGGCUUGAGCGCAUUCUUAUGUUACUUCAGGGGGUUGAUCAUUUCAAGAAAAUCCAAUAUGCUGAAGGAAUUACCUACGGGGAGCUAUUCUUGGAGAAUGAGAAGGAAAUGAGUUCAUAUUAUUUAGAGCAUGCCAGUGUUAACAAUAUCCAGAAGCACUUUGAAUUUUUUGAGGAGGAAGCUCUGUCCUUGUUAACCUUGGGUUUAGCAAUCCCAGCGUAUGAUCAGCUUCUGAAGACAUCGCAUGCUUUUAAUGUUUUAGAUUCUAGAGGCUUUGUUGGUGUAACUGAACGGGCACGCUAUUUUGGUCGGAUGCGAAGUUUAGCUCGCCAAUGUGCGCAACUUUGGGUAAAGACUCGAGAAUCACUUGGGCAUCCACUAGGCAUUGUUUCUGAACAAAAGCAUCUUAUCUGUCCCAAAGAGCUUCUUGAAACAGCAUUGAAAAAGGUGCAUGGUGAUGCUAGGGUGUUUGUUCUUGAAAUUGGUACCGAAGAAUUGCCACCUCAAGAUGUUGUUGAUGCAAGCCAGCAGAUUAAAGGUUUAAUCAGGGAGCUACUUGAAAAGCAAAGGUUGAAGCAUGAUGAAGUGUUUGCAUGUGGUACACCACGCAGACUUGUGGUUCUUGUUGAAAAGCUUUGUUCUAAGCAGCUGGAGAAUGAAAUUGAGGUUCGGGGACCUCCAGUUGCUAAGGCAUUUGAUCAUCAAGGGAAUCCUACCAAGGCUGCUGAGGGUUUUUGUCGUCGAUAUGGUGUACCUUUCGAAUCUUUGUAUAAUAAAGUGGAUGGGAAGACAGAGUAUGUUUAUGUUCGUGUGAGGGAGCCUGCCCGGCUUGCUUCAGAGGUUCUAUCUGAAGAAUUACCUGGUACAAUUAGUAAGAUAUCAUUUCCAAAAUCAAUGCGAUGGAACUCUCAGGUCAUGUUUAGUAGACCAAUUCGUUGGAUUUUGGCUCUCCAUGGAGACGUGGUUGUGCCAUUCAUGUUUGCUGGAGUUCUAAGCGGAAAUCUAUCUUAUGGUCUACGCAGUACUCCUUCAGCUACUGUUGAGGUAGAAAAUGCAGAAUGUUACAUUGGUGAAUUGAAGAAAGCAGGAAUUUCUAUUUCAAUUGAGGAUCGGAAACAAAUAAUUUUAGAGAAGUCGAAUUCUUUGGCAGAAGGUGUUGGUGGACAUCUUAUCAUGCAGAAUAGUUUACUUGAUGAGGUUGUAAAUCUUGUUGAGGCACCUGUUCCAAUCAUUGGAAAGUUCAAAGAGUCCUUCCUAGAGCUUCCAGAAGACCUUCUAAUAAUGGUUAUGCAAAAGCACCAGAAGUACUUUUCCAUGAGAGAUGUUAAUGGAAGGCUAUUGCCAUACUUCAUUGCUGUGGCAAAUGGGGCAAUCCAUGAAUUGGUGGUAAGGAAAGGGAAUGAAGCUGUACUCAGAGCCCGCUAUGAGGAUGCAAAAUUUUUCUAUGAAAUGGACACACGUAAAAAAUUUUCUGAAUUCCGAAGCCAGCUGAAAGGGAUCCUUUUCCAUGAGAAACUUGGAACAAUGCUGGACAAGAUGAUCCGUGUUCAACAUAUUGUUACAAAAUUAGGCUUAGCCAUGGGAAUUGAUGAAGAUAAGCUUCCAGUCAUCCAGGAUGCUGCAUCACUGGCUAUGUCUGAUCUAGCUACUGCUGUUGUUAUGGAAUUUACCUCCCUCUCUGGAAUAAUGGCACGCCAUUAUGCACUUAGAGAUGGUUAUCCAAUACAGGUUGCAGAUGCACUGUUUGAGAUGACACUUCCCAGAUUUUCUGGAGAUAUACUUCCAAAAACUGAUUCAGGAAUAGUUUUGGCGAUUGCUGAUAGACUUGAUAGCCUUGUUGGCUUAUUUGGAGUUGGUUGUCAGCCAAGUUCUACUAAUGACCCAUUUGGCAUGCGAAGAAUCUCUUAUGGACUGGUCCAAAUUUUGGUGGAAAAUGACAAAAACUUAGAUUUAAGAAAUGCUUUGGAACUUGCAGCAGAUGUUCAACCUUUUCAAGUAGAUGCCACUACUAUAGAUGAUGUAUUGCACUUUGUUACAAGGAGGUUGGAGCAAUUUCUGGUGGAUAAGGGUGUAAGUCCUGAAGUGGUUCGUUCUAUUCUUUUAGAGCGUGCAAAUUGGCCAUGUCUGGCUACAAAAUCAGCACUUAAAAUGGAGGCCUUAUCGAGAGGUGAGCUUCUGCAAAAAGUUGUAGAGGCAUAUUCUCGCCCCACAAGAAUUAUCCGUGGGAAGGAUGUUGAUGCUGAUUUGGAGGUAAGUGAGACUGCAUUUGAGACAAGUGAAGAGAGAGCUUUAUGGAGUGCUUUCUUGUCAGUAAAGAGCAAGAUCUAUCCUGGGGUUGAGGUUGAUGAUUUUAUUGAGACAUCCCUGGAACUACUACAGCCACUUGAGGAUUUCUUCAAUCAUGUCUUUGUCAUGGUGGUAAGCUACUCUACAUUUCACAUCUCUAAGUUAAUCAAAAGGAAAAUAUUUGUUAGUGCUUGA